AAAAGCAAUAAAAAAAAAUCGAUUUUUACAUGAUCUUUCCCUCUUAAAGACGUUCUCUGGAUAAUACUUAUUGUGAAGAAUAUUACCAAGUGCCUCGGUGAUCUAACUGGCUAAAACACUCUUUCCGAAUAAUAGGGCAUCCAGGUUCAAACUCCAAAGCAAAGGUGAUUUUUUCACACAAAGAAAUGUUCACUUUCUUUGGUGUGGGGGGAUUUUAUAAAUGCAAGUUAGCAGUAUUAUUUAAAUUGAUUUUUAAUUUAAUUAUAUUUUAUUUUCAAGAGUUGUGUUUGAAACCAAAAGUAACGGCGCGCAGUUUGAAAUAAAUAGGAACAUUUGAAAUAUUAUUUUAUCCCAAAGAUCUUGCUACGAUCAUCUUGGUCUAUCUUCUAUUUAACUUAUUGUAAAUAAUGUAUUCUUUCAGAGGCUUAAUCUUCGCAAUUUGCUUUCCUAUAUUUCAAACCAUCAUAUACAUUAUGGCAACUGAUGAGGACCCUAAAGGCAUCAAUAUUGGGAUUGUCAACAAAGAAGCUGGCAACUGCGAAUUCAACAGCAAUUUUAGCAAAGUUUGGAAUGACGGAAAGACUUGCCAUUUUGUUAACCUCAGCUGCAGAUUUCUGCAUAAUUUUGAUGAUUCCAUUGCAAAAAAGGAAUAUUAUGUUGACUUUUCUAAAGCAAAACGUGAUGUGCAGAAUGGAAAACUUUACGGUGUAAUAUAUUUUAAUCAAAACUUUUCCGAAAGCCUGCAAAAGCGAUUGGAAGAGGCUUUUUUCGCGAACGAUUCCGUCCUUUAUGGUAGUCAAAUUCAAGUUUCCCUCGAUAUGAGUGAUGGUGUAAUUGGGCCUAUUAUACAAAGAAAGUUAUACGACCGUUUUACAAAGUUUUUCGAAGACGUUAUGAGAGAUUGUGGAUAUUCGACAAAAUUGGCAAAUCUGCCUAUUAUAUUUGGAGAUCCCGUAUAUGGUAUAAAUGAUUCCAAUUUUAAAGAUUUCUCGAUACCGUCAUUUAUAUUAACACUUUCCUUCUUUCUGGCUAUCGCAGUAUCUACCAAUUUGAUAUUCUCAGAUCGAUUGGAAGGUAUAUGGGAUCGGAGCAUAGUCCAAGAUUGUAAGGGAUCGAUAUUCGUCGUAAUCCUCCUUGUAUUUCUCAACGGCUUUUGCGGAUUGAUGUGCGCUAUCUCGUGCUAUUAAAUGAUUUGUGGAGCUUGUUGGCCGUUGGAGGGAAUACCAAAAUUUCUUCGCUGGUUUAGCUACGCUGUGCCAAUUACAUUGCCCUCUAUAUCUAUGAGAGCACUCAUUUACAAAGAUUCUUCUAUAAUUGAGUGGCAAGUUUUGAUUGGCUUCUUUACAUGUUUGGGAUAUCAUUUUGUCUUCUUGCAACUAUAUUAAUUUUAAGACGGAAAACCCCGUAAUAUUUGACAAAGAAAAUUCUUUUGAAAGAAGACAGAAACAGUUUUGCAUGAUCUAAAAUAAGUUCAACUAGUUAGUUUCUUUUAAGAUUAAAAUAAAUGUAAUUCAAAAAAUUAAAGAAUAGCUCGAUUUUGCCCCUAUAUUAUUUAUUGUUUACUAAUAGUAUUAAUGUCAUAGUAGAUAUCGUUGGGAAAUUAAAUUUUUGAUAGUAUCCUCUGAGGAAAAAAAUACUUUGAGUUUUUUUUUACAAAAAAAUAAAAUUGCAAAAUGUCCAAGUGUUAAGUUUAUCGCCAAAAAUCGAGGUGUUAGUUUUUUUCAAGAUUGAAAUUAAAUUAAAACGGCAUUUUCAAAAUCUCUGACCAAAAUAUAAGGCAGGUCACGCUUAUUCGUUGUAUGUAUAGUAAAACCUGUUUUGCUACGUUCUACUUAUAUAUAAGAGGUAGGUCACGGUCACCCAACAGUUUCGUUAAUGAGACUCAAGAAUUCUAAAAAUACUUUCUUAAAAUCUUGAAACUGCAUUAUAACUAAAUUCCGUACGUUCUUUUAGACUGUCGCUCAGCUCGCGAAUAUUUAAGCAGCCGGACCACGUCCCGCAGAGUCGGCUUAUUGUAAAAAUAUUUUGGGUGUUUUAAAUAUAUGUUUUUGUAAAUAUAGGUAUGUACACGUGAGUGUGUACCGUAUUUAUAAAUUUAUUUCGACAUUUGACAGGCUUGUAUCACGAUUUUAUAAAAAUUAGAAUAAAAUUUAAAAAUACACCAUUAUAUUUAUCUAAUGAAGAGCUUUAAAAUAUUACUUCAAGUAACAUUUUAAUUUGUUUGAUGUGUAUUCAAUGUUCAUGUUUAUCAAUAUAAUACCCUUACACUUUUUAUCUAUUCGUACAGCAUAUUCUAGCAAUGUUGAAGCAACUUUGUAAAGUUUCUUCAAUGUCGCAGAAAAUAUGGACAGUCACUGUGAUUAAAUAGAAUAAAUUUGAUCUCUUUUAUGAUAUAUAUAUCAUAUCUAAGAUAAAUAGAAUAUAUUUUAUUUUUUUCAUGAUACAUAUAUCAUAUAAUAAAUUCUCGGUUUUCAAUAAAAAAUGAAAAUUACAAAUUUAAAAUUAUUUCUCUUGAUAAUCUUGAACACACGUAAUCUAACAAAGAAAAGAAUAGAAGUGUCCUCCUCCGAUUUUGAUUAGCCUUUAAUAUGUUGUAGUAUAGAGCAAAAUAAGGGAUACGUAUUUUUUCUGUAGCCUAAUGCACUUUUAAGGACAAAACCUUUUUCAAAAAAAUUGGUUGUUUUCUUUCGAAGCGUAUAUCGUUGAAACUAUAAAAGAUAGAAAAAAAUGUUCUAAUUGGAAGUUAAAUGACUUGAAGAAUACUUUGUUACAGUAAUAAAAAAAAUAUUUUUUUAAUUUUCAUUUCUUUGAAAUUUUCAUUUCUUUUCAUAAGCAAAAUAAAGCUUGUUUUAUUACGAAUUUAACGAUGUAUGAUAAAGUUCUGACAUUGUCAUUUUCCAAAUAUAAUUAAAGACUUCUUUAUACGUAUGGUACGCGCACCCGCCCGAGCAUAGAAAAAAAGUGGGAAAAAAAUAUUUUUUAAUUUUUUCUUUGUUA